AUGUCAAUUAACAAUAACACGGCGAAGAAAACAGCCCCGCUCAUAUCAGAAGGUGAUCGACAAUUUAUAGAACAAAGAGACCUAAUAUUACAAGAGAUUAAUGUGACGAUGGAUUCUAUAUUGAAUGGAUUAAAUGAAUUAAAUAUAUCGUUAGAAAGCUCAAUUGCCGUGGGGAAAGGGUUUGAAUCUGUUUCAGAACUUUGGAAGACAUUCUUUGAUGGAUUAGAAAGUGUUACAGAUAUCCCUGUUGAAACUGCUACUAAUGAACAUGAAGAACGUAUAGAAGAAUAA